CGGCUCCCGGCUGGCGGCGGCGCGCCCCCGGGCUGUGAAUGCGACUCGCCCCCUCAUCCACACUCCCCGCCCGCCCGCCCGUCGGGACGUGGUAGGGGAUGCCCAGCUCCACUGCGAUGGCAGUUGGCGCUCUCUCCAGUUCCCUCUUGGUCACCUGCUGCCUGAUGGUGGCUCUGUGCAGUCCAAGCAUCCCACUGGAGAAGCUGGCCCAGGCGCCCGAGCAACCGGGCCAGGAGAAGCGCGAGCACGCGUCUCGGGACAGUCCGGGGCGGGUGAACGAGCUCGGGCGCGCAGCGAGGGACGAGGGCGCCAGUGCCCGGGACUGGAAAAGCAAGAACAGCCGUGGACUCGCCAGUAGGGAGGCGUGGAGCAAGCAGAAGCAGGCCUGGGCUGCUCAGGGCGGAGGCGUCAAGGCUGGGGACUUGCAGGUCCGGCCCCGCGGCGACACUCCGCAGGGGGAUACCCUGGCCGCAGCCGCUGCAGCGGCACAGGACGCUAUCAGCCCAGAUUUUGCGCCCACUCCGGAGCUGCCCGAGGAGUACGCCUACCCAGACUACCGUGGCAAGGGCUGCGUGGACGAGAGUGGCUUUGUAUACGCGAUCGGGGAGAAGUUCGCACCGGGUCCCUCAGCCUGCCCGUGCCUGUGCACUGAGGAGGGGCCGCUGUGCGCACAGCCCGAGUGCCCGCGGCUGCACCCACGCUGCAUCCACGUAGACACGAGCCAGUGCUGUCCUCAGUGCAAGGAGAGGAAGAACUACUGCGAAUUCCGGGGCAAGAUCUACCAGACUUUGGAGGAGUUCGUG